UACGGAAUGAAAUUUCUGCCCUAGCCAUUUAUUAAAAGGUUUCUGCCGCGUUGCGUAUUAUAAUCUUUUUACUCGACACUUCGGAGUUAUUAUUUUCAAUAUUUUUACGGAUUAAACAAUGGCAGAUGACAAAGAAGUAACUGAAAAAACUAUUUCCGAAGAUUUGGUCGUGACAAAAUACAAGUUAGCUGGAGAAAUUGUGAAUAGGACGUUGAACACGCUCAUCGAAUCGGUGCAAGUCGGUGUUGGAGUGAAAGAAUUGUGCGACAAGGGCGAUGCAUUGUUGCUUGAGGAAACCGGAAAGGUGUUUAAAAAGGAGAAGGAACUGAAAAAAGGAAUCGCUUUCCCUACAUGCCUGUCGGUCAACAAUUGCAUAUGCCAUUUCUCUCCAACAAAAAAUGAUCCUGACUACAUACUGAAGGAGGACGACGUGGUCAAAAUUGAUCUGGGCGCUCACAUUGAUGGAUUCAUUGCAGUUGCCGCUCAUACAGUCGUAGCUUCGACAGAUGCUUCGAAAAGCAUAUCCGGCAGAAAAGCCGAUGCCAUUUUGGCUGCAUAUUGGGCUGGACAAGCUGCUCUACGAUUGCUAAAACCUGGCCAGGGGAAUUAUGGUGUCACGGAAACCGUACACAAAGUGGCCGAAUCGUUUAAAUGCAAACCAAUUGAGGGUAUGUUGAGUCAUCAGUUGAAACAGUUCAAAAUUGAUGGCGAGAAGACAAUCAUCCAGAAUCCAAACGAAGCGCAGCGCAAAGAACAUGAAAAAUGUGAAUUUGAAUUGCAUGAAGUCUACGCCAUCGAUGUACUGAUUAGUACUGGUGAAGGCAUUGGUCGCGAAAAGGACACGAAAGUUUCGAUUUACAAGAAAACAGAGGAGAAUUAUCAGCUAAAAUUGAAGGCAUCGCGAGCGCUCUUGACUGAGGUUAAAAACAAGCACGGAAACAUGCCAUUCAAUUUGCGACACUUCGAGGAGGAGACCAAGGCUCGAAUGGGCGUUGUUGAAUGUGUGUCCCACAAAAUGAUUGAACCGUUCCAAGUGCUGUACGAAAAACCGAGUGAAGUCGUCGCGCAAUUCAAAUACACUGUGUUAUUAAUGCCAUCUGGAAUCAAUCUUGUGACCGGUCUACCUUUCAAAGCCGAGAAAUACCAGAGCGAACACAGUAUUACAGAUCCUGAACUUAAAGAGCUGGUUACUUCCGACAUUAAACCUAGCAAAGGAGCCAAAAGCAAAGCAAAGGCGAAAAAAUCAGCAGAAACAACUCCAGCUGCAGCGGCUGACUCCACAACAGUCGAAACACCAGCCAAGUGAAUGUCGAAUGCCAAUCAGCAACCACUGUUCAAUCGAUGACACGUUGCUGAAAUGACAAAAAACUAAUGAAAAGCAAAACAAUUUUAAGAAAAAUGAAAAUUAAAAAUUAAUUCAAUUUCUGGCCUGAUAAUGUGACACAGUCUAUCAAUCGAUGUUGAUAGGUGGAAUUGAUUUUCAAUUUGAUUGCAAAAUAAUUUUUUAAACAUACAAUCUUCUCGUCAUUUUUGAUGUAACAACCAGAAAAAAUAGCCUCGAAACUGAAUGAUGUCAUUUUUUCUGUUCGGUUCACACACACUCACAAAGCCCCAGUUCAUUGUAUUUAAACAAACAAAAAAAAAUGUAACCGACUAGAAAUCGUUUUGUAAUUCUUUCCUCAAUAAAUCAGAAAUUCCAAGGGAA